AGCAAUGAGGUCAUUGUUCAUGCUAAGUGUCACAUUUCUGGUCACAUGUAGGAUGGAAUUUACACCUGUAACCUUUGUGUACUACAGUACUAAACGAAACUGGAAAAAUGCUAAUUAUACAUGUGCAAAUGUUGGAGCUACUUUAGCCCAUUUCUCAGAAAUUUCUAGUGUAAUGGACAUCUUAGAAGAUCUCCCUCAAAUAAAAAACAUAACUGUUUGGAAUGGGGAUACAAGUAGUGGAUAUUUCAAAGAUGAGAUAACAUUGCAUGUUUGUGAUGCCAUAACUCUAAAUGGCAAUAGAACGUCUUCACAAUACAAUUGUCUUCAAGAACUGCCUUUUCUGUGUCAGUAUCAAACAGGUACUAAACUCUCGCAGUCUAUUAUAGCAUGUGAAUACUUUGAUACUUUGAUUCCAUAA